UAAGUAUUAACGCCAAGGGAGAGACAUAAAGCCAUUCGCACACUGAACGUCGGCUGUGGCGAUACCGUCUUAAAUUAAUAUUUAUUAUUAUUUAUAAUGUCUAAGGGCAUCGAAGUUUUGCGUAACUUGGUCGGUGUUACCGUGCUGUGUAUUUGUUUCCAUGGCACUUUGCAAUUGGUACCUUUGCCUGACUUCAUCCAUCCCUGCGCCGAGUUAACAGAUGAAUGUUUCACAAAAGCAACCCUGGAUGCACUCCCGGGCGUGGUCAAAGGCAUCCCGGAGGCCGAAAUACCGCCACUCGAUCCGUUAUACCUAGAUAGAAACAUUACUAUGAAUUUACCGGGGAAUGUUAAAAUGACUUUCCAUAACGGAAAAUUGACGGGACUAAGCACUUGUAUACCGGACAAGGUUUCAUCUCGACGUGAAAAACGAACGUUUAUUUUCGAUAUGCACUGUAACUUCACAAUUAAAGGACAAUACAGCAUCCUUGGAAGAAUUCUGCUUUUCAAUCUCGACACAGAGGGCAGUGCUAAAAUCAAAAUAUGGAAUCAACGUAUUCACUUGGAAGUAUUAGAAAAAGUCGUAAAAGACAAAAAUGGGGUCGGACAUUACAAAAUAAACUCUUAUAAAUACAAGGCUGACUACGGUUCUGAUCUCAAACUUAAUCUUACAAACCUCUUUAGAGGCAGUCCACAAAUAAGCGCUAACAUCUUGGAAGUUCUAAAUUCGAACGCUCAACUCGUCGCCCAGGAGUUCGGAGGGCCUAUUCUCGACUAUGCCAUAGACUACGCUAUGAACGUUACCCAACGUUUCUUUAGCACCUACACCUAUGAUCAAAUAAGCAAAGUACCACUAACCGAGGAAUUCUUCGAAGAUGAUUAACUUAACAU